AUGGGUAGCACUGAAAGCACCGGAAGAUCAAAUCGGACUGAAGAAGAGGAGGAGGGCCAGCCGGAAAAUAGUAGCUCCAGUGGUGGUUCCAUGGGAGCUGGAGCCGCCAUUGCUAUAGCUGCUGCCGGCACAGUCAUGGCUGCUUGGGGAAUAUCUAGGAUGAUUUCAAAUAUCUCAAACUCAGAGAGCGAAGAGAACGAUGAUGCCAUGAAGAUGAAAGCUCAUGGAACGGAGUCUUCCUACCACAAUUUAGUCGUUCAUCAAUCCAAACAAUAUGAAUCUACUGAACCAACCAGUGUUUGGUCUCUUCCUCCUGCAGGUCGGUUCAAAAUGAACACAGAUGCUGUAUGUAAUGGAACCAAGCAAUCUGAUGGUGUGGAGCGAGGACCGAGUGGGUACGCGGGAAUCCUUCGAAACGAUUGUGGCGAAUGGGUUCGAGGUUUUCAAGGGUUCAUUGCUUCGACUGAUAUUUUCACAGCUGAGAUGUAUGGAAUUUAUAAUGGUUUAAAGCUUUUGAAUAAACCUGAACACAGGGGAUCCAUUCUUGAAACCGAUCAUUACGGAGCGUCCGUAUUGCUCAAUAAACCGAAGAAAUAUGUAGAUAAACGACCGAUCGUCGAGAAAAGUCGACAGCUGGCUCGCGAAUAUGAUAUCGCUAUCAAGUAUGUUCCAAGAAGUCGCAACCGAUGCGCCGAUAGGCUGGCGAAUAUGGCUGUAGACAAAUGCAAAAAGUAUUUGGAUCUCAAAAAACGCCCUCAGGAUUCGGAGUUAAAUCGUCGUUAUGAUCAAGAUCUGGAGUGUUGUAAGUGGUAA